AUGAAAGAGGAGCUGAAAUAUUUACUGUAUUCUGUUUAGUACCUACUGCACUCCAUUCAGUACCCACUGCACUCCAUUCAGUACCCAUUGCACUCCAUUCAGUACCCACUGCACUCCAUUCAGUACCCACUGCUCUCCAUUCAGUACCCACUGCUCUCCAUUCAGUACCCACUGCACUCCAUUCAGUACCCACUGCACUCCAUUCAGUACCCACUGCACUCCAUUCAGUACCCACUGCUCUCCAUUCAGUACCCACUGCACUCCAUUCAGUACCCACUGCUCUCCAUUCAGUACCCACUGCACUCCAUUCAGUACCCACUGCACUCCAUUCAGUACCUACUGCACUCCAUUCAGUACCCACUGUAUUCCAUUCAGUACCCACUGCACUCCAUUCAGUACCCACUGUAUUCCAUUCAGUACCCACUGCACUCCAUUCAGUACCCACUGUAUUCCAUUCAGUACCCACUGCACUCCAUUCAGUACCUACUGCACUCCAUUCAGUACCCACUGUAUUCCAUUCAGUACCCACUGCACUCCAUUCAGUACCCACUGUAUUCCAUUCAGUACCCACUGCACUCCAUUCAGUACCCACUGUAUUCCAUUCAGUACCCACUGCACUCCAUUCAGUACCCACUGUAUUCCAUUCAGUACCCACUGUAUUCCAUUCAGUACCUACUGCACUCCAUUCAGUACCCACUGUAUUCCAUUCAGUACCUACUGCACUCCAUUCAGUACCCACUGCACUCCAUUCAGUACCCACUGCUCUCCAUUCAGUACCCACUGCACUCCAUUCAGUACCUACUGCACUCCAUUCAGUACCCACUGUAUUCCAUUCAGUACCCACUGCACUCCAUUCAGUACCCACUGUAUUCCAUUCAGUACCCACUGCACUCCAUUCAGUACCUACUGCACUCCAUUCAGUACCUACUGCACUCCAUUCAGUACCCACUGCACUCCAUUCAGUAUCCACUGCACUCCAUGCAGUACCUACUGCACUCCAUUCAGUACCCACUGCACUCCAUGCAGUACCCACUGUAUUCCAUUCAGUACCAAAAGCAUUCCAUUCAGUACAGUAUUUACUGUAUCCAUUCAGUACCUGCUGCUCGGAUGUUCAUACGGUACAUACCUUGA